AUGUCAACUUCCGCUAAAUCUACAUUAUCAGAGGAGAUCACGGCAUAUACCAGUGAAACUACAUCUGUAGCUUCAACUAAUACUUUUGUCGACACUUCGAUGAUUUCUGACAAGCAAACAAGUUCUACUAUUGCAUUGACGAAUGAAAUAUCUUCAAUUGAUGACACAACUGUUUCAUCCGUCACAUCCGCUUUUCAUUCUACUAAUGUUCAACAAAAUGGAUCUAGUUCAUCGAUACCGUCAAUGACAACAGUUGAAGACGUAACGUCGUUGUCAUCAGACACUGUUAGUCACACCGUACUCUUUGAUACCACUACUUCAACAGUAACGAAAAUCUCCACAACUAUUGAUAACAAUUGGAAAACAUCCCAAAAUCAACUGCAAUCUACUACAGAAUAUAUUAAUGAAGAAACAACAUCAUCUACAUUUUCUUUCAGUCGUACUCAAACGUCAACGGAAGCUUCUUCAAACACAUUGAAAGACAGUCAGACGAUAUCAGAAACAAACCUUGAUCUAUCAAGCGAUUCUAUUACAGUGCCAUUCACCGUACAAGAUACUACACGAUUACAAUUUAGUACAACAGAUUCUUCUUUGUUAGGUAAUUCGAAUAUCGACACAACGAUUUCAAAUUCUUCUCCAGAUCGCUUCAGUAGCACACUGAACUUAAUCAACGAAAUCUCAUCUACUACAAUGUCAAUUUCGAAUUCCGAUCAAACAUCUAUACCAACAGCAGUGUUGCUAAACAAUGUGUCUUCGACUAUUAAUACGACGCUGUCAACAGAUACAAAACUGAGUAGCUUUCAAGAAACUUCUGCCCUAUCCAGUGAAUCUGGUUUAUUGCAAACAUUCGAGGCUACGUCGGUACAAUCAUUUGCAACCACUGAAUCGGUUUUAACUUCAAUGGAGAACCAAUUAGGAUCAUCAAGAGAUGAUCUAUUUCAUCAGUCAAGUACCAUGUCAUCGAUCGUUUCACGUUCAAAUGGUGUCUCAUCUACUUCAGACAUGAUCACGCGGGAUAUUAUCAGUACUACGGAAACCAGUAUGAAUGCGCAAUCAUCCGAAGUCAUAGCGAGUAGCGAAACACAAUCAACAACAGUUUCAAUAUUAUCUAAGGAAACAGACACUAUAAUUGACUUGAGCACAAUGACAUCGAUAACUCCCUUAAAUUCUACACAUUUCACUUCACAAUCUGCUGAUAAUUCAACUUCUCUUGUGUCUCAGGAUGAAGCAUAUAUUGAAACAACUACAUCAAGCAUAAACAAUUCUAUAUUGUCUUCAGGUUUGUAUAGUUCUACCGAAGAUGUAUCUGUAACUAAAAUCUCAAUUAUGGAAUCUUCACAAAACAAUCCUGAAAUUGAAACAUCAUUAUCAAACAUAGGACAAUCGACUUCAAGUUUUGAAUAUUCACUUGAUCAUUCGGCAUCAUCAGAAGCCAGUGAAUUAACAAACGAAAAAACUGAUUCUUAUACUGUCUCACCUACUCUUUCGACAACUUUUAAUCAAGGUUCAAAUCAAGUCACGGAACAAGAAACACUUUCUAUGAGUUCGUUAAUUUCAGCAUCAUCUACCGAUCAAACGUCAUUGUUACUCUUCUCAGAUACGAGCCCAGUAGUCCACAUCAAUAGUACAACCUCAAUAUCAGCAUUCGAAAUAUCUACCUCAAAUAUAUCACAUUCCACAACCACUGAAAGUGAUGUAUCAACAUCAGAGGACUCUACAAAUGCGUCAAAAGAUCAAGUUUUAAUUUCCCAAACAUCGUCACUAAUCAACGAUCAUGAAACAACAAGUAGUUCAUACAUUGAUCAACAAAUAAUUUCCUCAUCUCAAACUCAUUCAGAUUCCAUAACAGAUAAAAUCACUGGUGUCAUCGAAACGAUUUCCUCCAGUCAAAUACCCACUAAUGAUCUACUAUCACUUCAAUUAUCAACAACAACCUUUUCUCAAACUGAUUUAAGUUCUUCAACAACUCAAAAAUCAGUAUCAAACGAUAUCACAUCAUCUACACAUACAUCAUCUAUUGAUUCAUUGGUAGAAACUACACCAUCAAUUGAUAAUGGAAAAUCAAUAUUUACUUCAUUAUCUACUACAGAAUUAUUAUCUGAUUUUACAAAUACUAUUUCUAGUGAUGUAACCGAAUUAAUCAAUUCAUCAUUGAUAUUAUCUUCUCCAUCAUUGUCAAAUGACACGAUAACUACGACGAAUAUUAAACAAACAGAUAAUUUCAAUCAAUUGCCAACAACUCUUUCAUCUUCAUCUGAUUAUACUUCAUUGAAAGAUGUCAUUUCUACUGAAACAACUUCGAAGAAUUUUGAUAAAUCUUUUAGUUCGAUUCAAUCGACAUUAAUCUCACAUAAUCAAACUUCUACGAUUCAAACUGAAUAUAAUUCUAGCAUGAUUAAAUCUUCUACUGAAUCUAUAAAUAUCACUUCAAUAUCACCGUAG